AUGUCUGCUCCACUUCUCGUCCUGUUUCUAUUCAUUUUUUCCACCGGUACGAAUAUCUUUCUUUCCUUGUUAGAAUUAGAAGAAAGAUUGGUCAAUUUUACACUCGUUAAUGCACCUUUAAUAGUUCACAAUUUCAGCCGUCGAUGGAGCCACCUAUACAUUUGCCGACGAGAAAGAAGUACACGAUGAAGGGUAAGUUGCCACAUGGCAAUGCAUAGUAAUCUAACAAUAUUCCCGUUCAGACAUAUCAAACAGCAUCUGGAGAACAAAAUAGAAGUGGAGAAAUUGACGGAGGAGCAGCAAAGGUUCCACUACUUUUCGAUGCACGAUUUGAACAAGGACAACCUCAUCGACGGAACCGAGAUUCUGAAGGCUUUGACGCACGAGCACGGAGAUCAUAACGGUGAGUGAAACCAACUGUGUCGGUCAUCGGAAUUGUAAUUAUUUUGCAGAUGGACGGUCACCGAUGGCUGAUGAGGUAGAGAUUGAGCGGCUCGUGGAUGCGGUGCUAGACGAUUUGGAUACGAACGGAGAUGGAGUCAUAGACUAUUCAGAGUAUUUGAAAAGACAGUAA